GCGCAGGCUCAGACUCCGAGAUGGCGGCGGUGGUGGCGGCGGCCGCUCCGUGCGGGCUCUGCAGCGCUCCGGCGGCCCCCUACACGUGCCCGCGCUGCCACCGCCGCCUCUGCUCCCUGCGCUGCUACCGCGCCCACGGCCCCUGCGCCGAGGCCUUUUACCGCGAUCAGGUUCUUGAGGCGUUGCGCGAUGAGCGCAAUUCUCCCCGGGGCCCCGCGCUGUCCGGGCUGCGCGAUCUACGCGAGCCCGGGGAUCCAGCGCGGCCUACACGUCGCGGGCUGUGGGAGCAGCUCAGCGAGGCGGAGCGCGACGGGUUCCGGCGGCUGCUGAGUUCCGGGGAGGCCGCGGCGCUGCUGCCGCAGUGGCGGCCGUGGUGGUGGCGCGGGCGGGGGCGAGUGGAGGAGCUCGGGGACGGCUCGGGGGCCGUGGAGGAGGAUGAGGAGAGCGGCGAAGGUCGGCCCGGCCCCGCGCCGCCCGUGCCGGCCUCGGUGCCACCGCUGAGCGCCCUCCGCGCCGCUCCGCCGUCGCCCUUGGUGCGGUUCCAGCUGCCGAACGCGCUCUUCGGUUACGCCUUCGCGCUGAGCCUGCACGGCGGGGACGAGACGCUGCUCCCCGAACUCCCGGACGCCGCCAUCGCCGCCUCGGCCGCGCUCCGCGACCGCCGCCCCUUCGCCAGCACGGCCGAGGCGCUGCUGAGCGCCCGGCGCGACGCCCGAGCCGCGGGGCUGCCCCUGAGCCCGCUCGGCGACAGCGGCGCGCUCCUGGCCGUCGCGCAGCUGCUGGAGGGCCGCGAUAGUCGCAACCCCGGCGCCGACGUGGCGGCGGCUUUGUGGCACCUGUGGCGGCUGCUGAAGGCGGGGGCGCGGGCGCUGCCGCCCCCCGAGCGGAGCCGCUUCCGAGGGGCCCGCAGGAAGGUCGGGUUUCUGCUGAGCUGGAGCCGGGGGGCCACCGAGGAGCUGGCCCAGCUCGCCCGGGAGGCGUGGGGGGUUCACGCCGAGGUGGCCGCGGAGGAGGCGGCGGUGGCCGAAAUCAGGGAGGGGCUGGAGAAGGUCUGGGGAGGCCCCCGGCCACCCCCCAGGGAGGGGCAGGCGGAUCGGGCACCCUGGGUGGUGACGGAGGGGAUCGAGGAGGUUUUCGGGGGUCCUCGGCCGCCCCCGGCUGACAAGGGGGUGCAGGGUCGGCAGCUGAUCGAGGAGCUGGACUGAGAUGGGCAGAUGCCAAGGAAACACUCCGGGAGAGAAUCCACUGGUUAAGGGAUGGGACUGAUGAACAUCCAGAGAACCAGGUCCAGGAAAGCUGCUCGUUAAGGGACAGGACUAAUGAACUUACAGAGAACCAGGUCUGGGAAAGCUGCUCAUUAAAGGACAGGACUAAUGAACGUCCAGCAAAGCCCUGCCAGCAGUGACUCUCAUUAAGCGAUGGGACUGAGUGAUCCUGGCUCAUUAAGGAGUGGGACUAACCAAGGUCCCAAAAACAGAAAUGACGCUCUAAGGAACAGGACUCAUCAAGGGAGGGGUUAAUGAGAGCCCCGGGAAGCGGAUUCAGGAGAGAACCUGAUCCAGAUCAAGGAACAGGUCCAGAAUCGCGCGUUAAGGGCCGGGACUAAAGGACAUCCCACAAAGCAGUCCCAGGAGUGACACUCACCAAGGAGAGGGACUCAAGACUGGUGAGGUUCCAUUAGGAGAGAUCCUGAAUUAAUUAAGGGUGUGAGCUGAUGAAGGGCUGGUCGGAGUGGCCCGGGGAAAGCUGUGCAAUAAGGGAUGGGAGCAACCAGAUGCCAAAGAAACAAGAGACCCUUCUUGUUAAUGCCCUGGCCAAAGAACAUCCAGGAGUAAACUGACCCCAGACAAGCUCCUUGUGCUAAUUAAUGAGUGGGGGCAUGGGUUAAUAAAAGCGGGUGCUGAUGAA